GAAACGAAACUGGAUGAUUUGAAACCUGCACGCAAUGCAUGGUAAUAUGUUUGUAGGUUUUUCACUUUUCAUUUUUUGAUGAGACAAUUUAUUGCCAUAUAAGAUUCCUGACAUGCUAUAGAAUAUAAAUUUAUGAAAAUUAGCACUACGGUUUCUUCGGUUCAUUUAACUACUGGCACUAAAACAAUGGGGACUGAUCAGACAAGUCGCGUGUAGACUGUUUUUCAUUUUAUUUUGGUUUUGGGCAUGGCUCUGGAGUAUUUACAAUAAACUGUUAGUAGUCUUAUACACUUUGACUGUACUCAUCUUUGAAUUUUUUUCAUAAAUAAGAUUAAUGUGAUGGAAAAUACCUACUUCAGUGCUUUGCUUCUCGCAAGUCUCAUCAUGUCACAAGCCGAAGAAUGCAUAGUUGGAGUAAUAGAAGAACAUGUCCAACUUCCCUGUAUUUAUAAUGGGGUGAAAAAUUUGACCUCCCUGCUCCUCUCAUCUGAAUGGAAAAGAGACGUGGAAGUUAUACACACCACAAACUGGACGAAGCAGCAGGAGGACACACAAAAUGUGUCCCGCAGUACCACUGUUCCAUCUUCGGCCCCAAAUUCUGGAGACUUUACCAUGGUGUUGCGUGACAUACGUUUAUCAGAUGCACAAAAUUACAGUUUUCAUCUAAAGCUUCAAGGUCAAGAAAACAGUAUUCUGGUUUGCACAGUCUGCCUCACUGUAGCAGGUCAUUUUAGCCAUACUACUGUACUAAGAGAGAAUAUAGUGAAUGGAGAGAAAACCCAAUUGGUGUGUAACACUAGAGGAGGAUUUCCAGCUCCAAAUAUCUACUGGAUUAUAAACCACACACAGCGCCCUCCAAAAACAACAAUCAUCACUUAUGUGAAUACUCUGCCACAGUCUCAACUCUACAACAUCACAAGUGUCUUAUCCAUCAACAUCUCACCAGACACUGUUGUAGCUUAUGUCAUAGAAAACGAUGUGUUAAAUGAAACGUCGACUACAACAAACUGUGAGUGCCCUUUUUCAUUUUGGAAACAUUCAAGUUUAAAAGAUGGUGUAAAGUCAAAUGUAGUGCAUGGACGCCUGUCGAAAUAUCUGUGGCUUUUUAGCACGGUUCUGUGCGUGGUUGUUUUUCUACUGGUGGCUGCGUCUCUUUGUUACCAAAGGAAUCUGGACCGAGAUAUAAAAAGGAGAAAUCAUUUCAGAUGUGGGGGUGAUUCAUGCAGCGAGGACACCGAGUUGAUCGUGAUGGAUAUGAAGCUGUGGGCUUCCCUUCCUGAGACGGAUGUAUAACAUGGUCUGCGAUUUCAUUUUUUGGUUGAUGCCACAUACUAUUGCACUGAUUAUUAAUACUGCGGCCUUACGGUGUCAUUUCUUACUCUGAUCCGAGAGUGAAUCAGCCGGAAUAUUCUAUUCUCACAAAUAAUAUAGUAAUGAAUAUAUUCUAUUCAUUGUAAAGCACUUUGGAUCAACUAUGGUUGUGUUAAACUUGUACUCAUCAAAUAACAUUUUCCUUGACUAUUUUGUCUUUUUGUUACUAAGCAUGUUUGUUCUUCCCUGAAAUUCCAUGAAUGUUUUAGCACUACGUUUUAAUCUAAAAUCGGUAACAAAUCAGUAACAAUUUUAUACAACUUGUACUAUAUGUGAACAUUUUUCAUGUUGUGAUCCUGUUUGAAUGCCUCAAUCAAUUUACAUUAUCUUGAAUUUCGUAACGAUUUCAAGUUACAUGAGUUGUUAAACAACCUGGCUUUGGUAUUAAGAACUGAAGCUUAGUUAACUCUAAAUGCAUCGGUCACAAAAUGUAUCUAUGUCAGCAUACAACAGCAGCUCUCUCUAACCAAGCUUUUGUGUUUACCUCACCCCUGAAUGAAAAGAGAACACAGUUCAACCAGCUAUAAUAACCCGAUGAGCCAGAAAGCACCUACCAGCUACUGAGCUUUGUCUUUGGGCAACAUGAAUGGCAGUCAUAUUUGUUUAAAUCCAUUUUAUAUACAGUAGAUAUCGAUAAAUUCCCAUCAACUGUAUGUCUGAUAUUGUUGCUGUCCUUCCGAAACCUCUUAUUUCCAGAGUUCCUGUUUUCCAGGAAAUACUGAGUCCUGCCAUCUUCUCAUUUUGAAACCUUUAUUGUUAUCUUUAACUUUUAUUGAAAUUUUCUUGUUGCACUCCACCACCUAACUAUAAUUACAGAAAAAAAUAAAAUAAUGUAGAAUAUCAA